AUGGCGCCGUCCAUUCCCAUCCCUACUCAGGGUGGCAUGUUCCAUACCUGUGAGUCUUCUGCCGCCGCUGCUGCUGCUGCCAGGCUACUCCUCGCAACAUGGGCUAACAUCUUCCAGUUCAGGGUGUUACUCCCAGGAAGCCCAAAACCGCUCUCGAGGACAAUGACAAGACUCUUGUUGCGUCUGCUCACAACACAGAUAACCACAGCCCACGCCAGUGGCGAGACAAAACGCAAAGAUCCCUGUGGCCAGUGCCUGUCCAGCCGCGCACCCAAGAGAUGCUUCUAUGACAAGCACCGCCAGCGAGUCAUUCCUUCACGGAAGACACUCGAGGCACUUUCGCAGUCCCUCGAAGAGUGCCGCUCGAUCUUGAAGCGCCUCUAUCCCAACCAAGAGACCCAGGCCCUCCUUCCCCUUUCUCGCCAGGAGCUUCUAAGCCUCCUCGAGCGUCCAGUGCUGGACACCUCAAUCGUGACAGCUUUGCCAUCACCGCCACUCAACACUUCACCUUUGUCACAGGAGCUGGAAUCCCCGAUCUGUAGCUCCUCAGAACAGGGGCUUUCGAGCCUCGAACAGAUGCCCGGUCAAGACACAGAGUGGGAUGAAGAGCGCCGCGGGCGUGACCCCAUCCCCAUCGAAGCUGACGAUGUCAAUGCUCUCGGGCUCUCCGUCGACCGCCAAUCUUCAUAUCUGGGCGCCUCGUCUAUCAAGGCUGCCUUGAUGUGCAUGCUCAAGGUUCAACCUUCGCUGCGUACACAGCUUACCACGCCGCUGAACACGGCCGAGGUUGCCCACAACUUUCCAAUCCGCCCCCAGCAGCUGGGUCCCAAGGAAAACCAGCGUAUCUCGUGGUCCUGGAAGGGCCAGACCCUCCUGGACGCCUACUUCAAACGCAUCAAUGUCUUUAUUCCCAUGCUUGACGAGGCUGCCUUCCGCGCCGAGUACCUGGAGGGCCAGCGCUGCGACAGUCCGUGGCUCGCCCUCCUCAACAUGGUUUUUGCCAUGGGCAGCAUCACUGGCAUGAAGUCAGAUGAUUACAAUCACGUCAACUACUACAACCGCGCCAUGGAACAUCUGCCUCUCGAUGCCUUCGGCAGCAGCCAUAUCGAAACCGUCCAAGCUUUGGCUCUCAUCGGCGGUUACUAUUUGCACUACAUUAACCGUCCAAACAUGGCAAACGCCGUUCUUGGCGCCGCCAUCCGCAUGGCCAGCGCGCUGGGACUCCACCGGGGAGAGUCUGGCCCAGAGCGCCAGGGAAAUGCUUGUGAACUGGUAUGCCAACCUGCCGUGGCUGUUGCGCACCACAGACCCGUGUGCAGACCCCUCUAUAUUGCUCGAUGCAUCAUGAAGUGGCGCUACCAGAACCUCCGCAUGCUGCUGCACCGUCCGGUUCUUCUUAGCCUCGCCAGCAACACCAGCAGCGGCGUCAUGCUUGCCCACGUUGCGGAACAGGACAUCGCUGCCAUUGAGACCUGUCGUGAGCUCGCCAAGCAAACCAUCGAGGAUAUUGCUCGCGAGUGGACUCGCAACCAAAUGUCAGGCUGGAAUGCAGUCUGGUUCCUUUACCAAGCUGCCAUGAUACCCCUAAUCAGCGUCUUCUGGCAGUGGAACAGCCCUCGCGUAUCCGAGUGGCACAAGCAGAUCGAGACAAUUCUAGACCUUCUUGAGGCCAUGGAAGAUUGGUCCCUUUCUGCUCGCCGCAGCCGCGAGGUGGUCUGGCGUAUGUACGAGGCUUCACGCCAGCCCAGCAUGCGCUCCGAGAGCCAGAGCCAGAGCCCCGUUCUUCACGCCAUGGGCAGCAACGAACACGGCAGCAUUCUCAUGGCCGCCGAGGCGGAGCUUCGCAUGUCCCCUAUCGGCUUGGAGCCAGAGGGCAUGGGUAUGAUGGGCAUGCUCGAUCAGCAAGGUCUUUGGGACCUCGACGGAAUGUUCUGGGGCGGCGCCUCAGGAGACUCCUCGACUGACGCCCAAAGCCACCCGCACCACCAACAGCAACAACCUGGCAGCGUCGACUUUGGCAGCUUCAGCGUCAACGAGCAGAUGAUGCACAUGGACUACAACAUGAUUGGCACUCCCGCUUCCGCAGUGACCAUGGACGGUGGCUUCUUUGUCCACUAG